GUUGUGCUCGUCGUUGGCCACCAAGUUGCACAUACGCCAUAGACUUACUUCAACAAACUUACUGGGUACUGUGUCUCAACGCCUUACGAGGGGUUGAUUUAUAGGCAGAGAUCCCCGCUGUUUUACCCGUAGAGAAGGACACAGUUUCUCCUUACUGCACAUCCUUUCUCACUGCCAGACCCUAAAGAUACAACUCACUGCUCUUCUUCGACGCACCAUAUGGAAUAUCUUUCCGAUAAUCACUUCCAGUUGCUCCUUGCCAAGGAGUGGCUGGUGAAGAUUGAUAUUGAGAAAUCGAUGCCUUAUUUGCUCAAAUUCUAUGCUUCAGCGGCAGACCUUUCUUGCUGUCUCAUGAUUACAGACACCAAGACCGUCUGGGGUGAAGUGCUAUCCAGUAAAUUGCUCGCACGUCGUUGGCGUGACUGCAAUCCUUCACCAUCUUUUGUCACUGAAAGUGAGGAAGACGAAUGGAGGGAGCAGAUCCUCGACCUUCUGACCGCAGCACACAGCCUCGGUGCAAUUGCAGAUCUUUCUUUUGAGGUCGUGCAAUCCAAGAACGCUGACCUGGCCUUUGAGCUGGGACACAACGAGUUCAAAUGGAGAUGGGAAACCUAUAUUCAAGGACCCAAAGUGUCUGCCGACGUUAUAUCCAAGCAUCUCAUCAUGCCUCUUAUCAGUGCAAGCCAUCUGGCCUUCUCGUCCUCUGAUUCUGUCAGCGAGCUAUCAGAAGCAAAUCUAGAGAAGGCGGUAGACAAGGCAGGCAGGGCAGGGAGGCGGACGGUCGAUAACCAUGUGAAACACGCUAUUUCUCGGCCAAGACUAGCGACGACGAUGCGACGAAUGUCCGCUGUUUUCAACUUCCUUCCUGAUUCGCCGCCGAUAAUAUCAAAAGUUGAGCCACCAGAGCUUCAUGUGCCUGCUAUCCGUCCAAAAUCUCCGCUACCGACGGCAGCUCCACCCCUAAGCAGAUCUCGCCGCUCAGUUUCCCCGGGUCCAUCGACCAAAGCAUCGGUAGCUCGUUCACCGCCGAGACAGUUCUCACAGGAACCUUCUCGGGCUCUCGCUCAGGCUGUCGAUGAGGAUUCCGCGACAGAAGAAGAGGAGGGUGAUCUACAACCUGCCAGGCCCCAAAGAACCGGUAGAGCCGCACGCACUUCUGGCAGCCCAAGGUCCCCGAAACGUGACAGCGUAGUUCAUUCUCGACAGCCCUCGCCAGGACCAGUUACUCUUGAGAGCGCGCCGCUGACUGUGUCCGAACCGAUUUCCGACACCUCUCCUUCUCCAGCCCGCCCUGCGAAGAAAUCAAAGCGAUCUAGGGUGUCCUCGUCCAGCGAAGAUGACAGUGAGGCCGAGCGCAAACGACGUCUUGCUCAGCUCAAAAGCGGCUCCUCUAGGGGGCCGAAACAACCGAUCAAACGUGGAGGUAAACGUUUCUAGUCCACCCCAUUUUCUUUGAUGGGUGUAUAUACUCGUGGCCCUGCUACCGCAAAUGGAAUAUUCUACUUGCACCUCUGGAUGUAUCAUAGCUACUCGAGGCAAGAGAAUCUGUCUCAUGGAUCGUGCCCACAUCGUGUUCAUCCAUCAAGAACCUCGAGUAGGCGUCUGAGUUCCAAGAAUACGUUGACGCCAAGAAACGCCCUUCAGCUAU